AGAACACCUGCACCCGCGACGCAACACUCGUCUCCCUAAACCAAUUCACAUCCUUCGACCCUGGACGGUAGCGUUUUACAACAAACUUUCCCUGGCUUUACGUGUCACUGGCAUUCCAUCACAACGUUGCCCAUUGUUUUCGUGGAUAUCCUUCGUCUGUGAUCCUCAUUUGGCGCGUUCCGCCCCACUCGGUGGUUGCGACAACCAUCAACUUCCGACCUCUUGCGCAUCCCGUCGAGCACCUUUCCGCGCGAAACACUGCUUCUCCAGAGCUUGCGCGUACACUGAUGACCUGAACGUUAUGCGCGCCACAUGAGUCCCGGUAUAUCCGUCUGUCACCAUCCUCUUGAUAUGCGCGGCGCUACCUCCCGCCGCACUCGACAAUCGCCGGCGACCUUCACAAUACUAGCAAUCUCCUAGACGCUGCGGGCGAGCUGGGUAACAAAAGUACAAAGAUGGCGGAGGCUCAGCUCAUGGAGGAGGAGCUGCAGCAAAGCGUCAUGCAGUCGGAGCAGGAAGCGGUUCUCGCCCACGAGAACAUCCACGGGGAUGUGGAAAUGGGCGACGCCGCCGAGCUCGGAUCCCAAAGUGCCAUAGAUGUUGGUGCGGAAUUUGUGGACGGUGAUGGGGACCAGGAAAUGCAUGAUGGGGAUCAGAGGGACGAAUACGAUGAGGAGGAACAGGGCGAUCAUAGCGGCAGCGGCGGCUCUGAAGCAGAAGACGAUGACGACAGCUUCGAGGAGGACGCUGAGGGAGAAGAGGACGAGGAUCAAGCGCCGCGGUACCAUCGACCGCAGCGUAGAUCGGUGAGCGCAGCCAAUGGCCGCGGGGUUGACGAUGACGACGACGACGAAGAUGAAGGCGUCGGUGCUGUAAAGAUAAGGCCCGGGGAAACAGAUGCUGAAGAUGAUAGCAGCGAGGACUCUGCCAGUUCGGCCAUGGUCAGCGAUGCGGAGUCCGAAAGCGCGGCGGAAUGGGAGGCUGGCAAUAUCGAUGACGCGGACGAGGAGGAUGAAGUCGAAACUGCGGCGGCUCAUUGCGUUUUCUGUAAGCAGGACGAGGAGCACGACCCGGGCGAGGAGUUUGAGGUAUUCCUGGCUUGCACCAAGUGUGGCGACAAUGCUCAUCAACAGUGCGCAAGGGAGAAUGAAGCCAUGUCUAGCGAAGACGCUCCGGAAAACUGGAGAUGCCCCAAGUGCGCAGAGGACUCAGAUUCAGAUAUCGCUGGGGGAACGGCCGACAAUAGUUUGGACCUGAAUGGGAUCGCCGAUGCAAAUGCCUCACCAGCUUCCAGGCGUGCAUCUGCUCCCAAGCUUGCGCGGGAUCUACUUCCCUCGCAGCGAGGCACCGUCAGGCCUGACUCCCACUCUGUCUUCAACCAGCUGGUUCUUGACGAAGACCCCAUGGAUGGAUCGCGCGUGCUUAGAAAGCGCACAACAUCCUCAGUUGUGUCAGACGAGCACGUCAUGGCUCUCCGCAAGCGGCGUAGGAACACCCUCGACGAGCAAGCCAUCGACGAUGCAACAACCGGACAGGAUGACUCGUCCAGGCCUGCUUCGAGAUCUCUACGGCUUAAAAUACCAAGCGGGCCUGCAUCCAUCGUGAAGAGCACGCGCAACAGCAUUGUGGUUAGGUUUAAAGUAAACCCGUCCGAGCUCCGCCAGAUUGUCUCUCGAAAGCCAAGAGGGCGGAAGAAGCGUUUGGACCGGUCACGCAGGCGAACCUCAAGAAGCGGGUCGAACCGUGUGGCUCCGCUACCACCACCGGCUAUUGCGACACCGUUUACCCCGAGCGCCUACUCGCAACCGUUUUACUCCUUUUAUGACAAAGAAACAGACGAGUUGAAGGGUAAGCCGUACGGCGGGAUCCUGACGGAAGCGGAGGCGGAUACCUCCAAGACCAUGCCGACAACCGAGGAUCGUCGGCGCUUUGACGAGGCGAAGCAAAAGGCGGAAGAGGAGUGGAGGCAACGACUGCUUAGGAUGCAAGCCGAAGUCGAAGUUCCGGCGAAAAAGCCCAAGAAGGCAUCUGGUCCUGCGAGCCAGAUCGAAUGCAUCGAAUUUGGCGGCUGGGAAAUCGAUACCUGGUAUGCGGCCCCUUACCCUGAGGAGUACAGCAGAAACCGUGUCCUCUACAUCUGCGAGUUCUGUCUCAAGUACAUGAACUCGGACUAUGUGGCUUGGCGUCACAAACUGAAAUGUCCGGCGAAACACCCACCGGGAGAUGAGAUUUACAGGCACGGCUCGGUGUCCGUUUUCGAGGUCGACGGCCGCAAAAACCCGGUUUAUUGCCAGAAUCUAUGCCUUCUAGCGAAGCUCUUUCUGGGAUCGAAGACGUUGUAUUACGACGUGGAGCCGUUCCUUUUCUAUGUACUCUGCGAGUACGACGACAUGGGCUAUCACUUCGUCGGGUACUUCUCAAAGGAGAAGCGGGCGAGCAGUCAGAACAACGUGUCAUGUAUCUUGACAUUACCCAUUCAUCAGCGGAAAGGAUAUGGUAACCUCCUGAUCGACUUUUCCUACCUGCUCACCAGAGUCGAGAAGAAGACGGGGUCUCCGGAGAAGCCUCUCUCAGACAUGGGGCUUGUUUCUUAUCGAAAUUAUUGGCGACUGGUGAUGUGCCGGUACCUUUUGGAGCAUUUCUCUGAGGAAAACUCGGGCAAAGCAGGCCUCAGCAUCAAGAAGAUCUCGGAGGACACCGGAUUGACACCCGACGACGUGAUCUCGGCGUUGGAAGGGCUGAGAUGCUUAGUCCGCGAUCCACAAACGCAACUCUACGCCUUCCGCGUCGACUUUCAGUACUGCCGGGAGUACGUUGCGAAAUGGGAGGCUAAGAAGUACGUGCAGCUCAACCCGAAGGCUUUGACGUGGACGCCAUAUGUUAUGGGCAGAAGCAACGCGACGAACUUCGAGUUGGGACCGGCGCUGAACGCGAUUGCCCCGCGAGAAGAGGAGGAUGAGCCCAAGCCGGUUGUCAAGGCAGAAGAACCCCCAAUUAACGGAACAGGUCCUUCGAGCCAACCAGCCACACCUGCCGAGGAGGCAAAGGCCACGCCCGAACCUGCGGUCCUGGAGUCGACUGAGCCUGCGGAGAUGGGCAGCAUCGUGAACCCUAAUGUCGAGCCGAAUGGCUUCCUCGCCAAUGGCGACGCUUCGGAGGAGAAACCCCAGCAAGACUCGGAGCCUGUCAAACUCACCACCGGGGAUUGGACACAACAAUACAAAGACAUUCCGCCCACGAGAUUUGAGGUGGUACCGCCCAUCAAUGGCCGUAGAGGCGGCGACCGCUCCCGGGCCAUCAUUCCGCGACCACCAGUCGUCCGGGCCACCAGCGGCACUCCACGGCCAAGACCCAGGCGUUCAGUUGGUUCCCGCCGUCGUUCCGCCACUUCGAGGGCACGGACCAGUACGAGCACGAGCAAACGGAAGCCCGGCGGAACAGGCCGUGGGCCAGGUCGCUGGCCAAAGGGCACUAAGAAGAGCGACUAUGGGAAUGCGGACAGUGGGCCUGGUCUCCCUCCGGCUUGGAUCGCGGAGCGCGCUCGGCUCGCGGCGGCAGCAGCGGCGGCAAGGAAGGAUGGGAAGAAAGAAGGUGUCGACGUGAAGGACACGGUGCAGGUGCAGUCGCCUACUGUGAAGGAGGACAGUAACGCGCAGAAGGGGAAGGAAAAUGCGGACGUGGAGAUGCAGGACGUCUGAUGAUGAGGCGUGAGUGGGCAGGAGGGGGCAGGAUGGGGAACAGAUACCAUGGCGUUGAUCAUCUAUUGCUUUUGAGGUUGCUGUAUUUCUAUCUUUAUGGUGUAUGUUGGGUUAUAUUUUUUAUGCUUUCGUGUCGGGUUAGGCUGGUACAACUACACCCAUCGGGUGCAUCUUUGGCACGGUUAGAAGGCGUUCCGCGGAGCACUCUGGAGCUGGCGGUCGUUUGUUGGUAGGGCUCUAUAUUAAGGGAGGAGGUUAAGUAUAGAUGCGCCAGUGCUAUCUAAUAUUCUUGCCUCGGUGUUGCUGUAUCGCAAUGCCAAAUAAUAUCCACCUAGCUCUCAUCAUCCUUCCAUGACAAGAAUGAAUUAGAGAACUAGUUACUU